CUGUCCUCUACCAUAAAUUAUAACAAUAUAAUCAAUUAUUAUAUAAUUCUGUAGUCUAGUUUCUAUUUUUUUUUUUGUUCAAGUUGAUUCUACGAAUCAUUUAUAUAUCUUAUCAUGCUAUCGCUUUGAAUAACAGAAUCAUAACAAAAAAAUUGCAUGCCGUUGAAAUCGUUGAAUUAUAACUCUUUUGAUUUCAAAAUGAAUUUCUUAUAAUUUGUCGUUGAGUAAGGUUAGUAGUACAAAUUGGUUUAUUUUUACAUUCUAAUAUUAUAAUUUUUUUUCCUACAUAUAUUACCUAUAUGUUAUUAUUUUUCAUAAUAUUAGUAUCAAUACAUUUUUCUUUAGAAAAUGUGAACGUCCACAAAUUUGAAGUUAUCAUGAAGAAGAACUUCUUAAAAAGUAGUGUUGAAAAUGCUUCACUUAACAUACUUUUGCAAGUUAGUAUUUAUUAAUUUUUUGUAUAAUAAUAAUUCAAAAUAUUUUAAAUCCUAUUAAAAUGGACAAUUAUUAAUGAUUUAAGAUUGCAUUCAGAUGUUUAACGUUCAUCAUAAAUGCCUUUGUGCUACGGCAAGUUUCUCAAAAUGAAAUCGGAGUUACAAAUGUCCGUCUCUUGUUGCUUGAAUCCACUAUUUUAUUUUUGAGCAGAGAAGCAUUUAGACGAGCAUGUUUAACAGACACUGUACAUCACAACUGGACCAGGGUUAUAAAUCUAAUUUGGCUCUCGUACGGUGUAAUCUGGUCAUAAAUUGAAGGUUUGACUAAUUUAUGUAUAUUGUUUUGUUUUUUAGGGUACCAUUAUGUGUUGGUAUUUGCGGUGUAUGUGGUUAUAUCUGGUUACAAUGGCUUAGUCAACCUGAUAUUUCUGUUACUGUUUAUUAUACGUUUGGUGUAUGGUCAAUUCUUAUUAGUUGCAUCAUUGAACUAUGUUGUGAACAAUUAUAUAUUGUAGCGCAGGCGUUUUUAUUUGUAAAAUUACAGGUAUUAAAAAUACCAAUUUUAUAACUUUUUAUUAUACAUUAAAUUUUCAUUAACAAAAAAGUUCCUUUUACUGAUAUGUUAAUAACAAAGGGUUCUUUUUUGUUUUUUUAUUUUUGCUGUUAAUAAAACUGAACAGAUUUUAGGUUAUGUUAGAAAUAAUAAACGUUGUCGUUCGUACAAUAGUUUACACUACAAUGAUAUUGUACUGGAACGGUCAAAAUGCUGUUUUGGCAUUUUCAUUUGCACAACUUGCGUCAGUCAUAGCUUAUACUCUGUCAUUUUAUGUAUUCUUUUGGUAUUACACAAAACAAAAUGUAAAAGAUUUUCCAUUUAAAACUAUGUGGGAUUAUUUCCCUAAUUUUCGUGGAAAAGUAAGAAGUUAAUAAUAAGUACCUAAGUUAAUAAAUGUAUAACAAAAGCAAAAAUUAUUUUUAGAAAUUUUCAGAGUGUGUAGAUUUUCCACUUGUUCUGUUGUUAUGGAGUUUUUUGAAACAAGGGUUCAUGAAACAAUUAUUGACCGAUGGUGAACGUUAUGUUAUGACUUUUUUCAACACAUUAAAAUUUGACCAACAAGGUGUGUACGAUGUAGUCAACAAUUUGGGUUCAUUAGCUGCACGAUUUUUGUUUAAACCUGUAGAAUCAGCAGCAUACUUCUAUUUUAGUCAACUUGUUCAAAGAGAAGUACCCAUUAAAAAGCAAAUCAAACAGGUACUCAGCAUAGUUUGUAUAGUCAGUAUGCAAACGUCAUUAUACAAAAAAUGUCAUAGGACUCUGAUCGUAUAAAAGAAGCAGUUAGUGUUCUGGAAUGUUUGUUACGUGUCAAUAGUUCUAUUGGUCUAAUCGCAUUAUGUUUUGGUCAAGCAUAUGCUAAAUUAGCAUUAUUUCUGUAUGGAGGAUCCGCGCUUGCCACUGGAAUCGGACCAGUUCUAUUACAAUUACAUUGUAUGGCCAUUCUAUUUUUAGCUGUUAAUGGAAUUACUGAAUGUUAUGCUGCAGCUACCAUGAAUGUUGCUGAAUUGAAUAGGUUUGUUUGUAAUUAUUUAUUUAUAUUAAUAUUCAAUAUAUUUUUUGAUAUCUAAUUAUUUAUUUGUCUUUUUUAGAUAUAAUAUGGAAAUGGUUAUAUUAUCUGUGAUAUUUUUAUUUAUAUCUUUGUUAUUUUCUACACUUUUGGGUGGAAUUGGCUUUAUUUUAGCAAAUUGUUGUAACUUUACAGUUAGAAUCAUCCAAUGGUAACUAAUUAAGCAUAAUCCAAUCAUUUAAUUAAUUUAAAUUUUAAAUGUAUAUACAAUUCUACUUUUUUUGUGAUGUGUGCUUUCUAGCGGUCGAUACAUUUUAUUAGAAUUUAAAGACACCAAUUAUAACCCAUUAAAUGGACUGGUGCCGAAAAAAUCUUUUAUUGGUUGUUUAUUGUUAUCAGUUAUUGUUACAAUUUAUUCUGAAGUAAGUUUGAUUUCAAUAAUAAGAUCGUUUUUAGAAAUACCAAAUUAUGUUGUUACAAUAAUAUUAAUAUUAUUAUCUUACUCACAGUGGAAAUAUACACUAUUUGAAUUACGUCCAUUAAAUAAAAAAAAAGAAAUACAUUGCAUUUGUGAUAUUUUUAUGAAAUUGGCUCACACAAAUUUAUUAUUAAUACAUAUUCAAUAAUUAUAAUUUUAUAAAAUAUAAAUUUCAUUAAUUACCAUAAUAUACAUAUUCACAUUCUAUAUAAAAUACAAAAACAUACAUAGGUACCCCCUAACCUUUAUUAUAUUAACUUCAUUAUUUAUAUGCAUUAUGACAGUUCUAAGUCUGCAAAAUUGAUAGGAAAACUAUAAUACAUUAAUAUUAUAUUUUAUAGAUUAUGAUCUAAGACAAAACAAAAUACAUAAAGAAAAAACAAAGAUACAAUAUCAUUAUUGUGUUGGACUAAUACUAUAUAAUAUAAUAAAAUGUACAAGAAAAAUCCUUAACUACUUGAUAUUAAAUAAUACAAAAUACAAAAAUUGUAUAAAUAUCUUACCUAGUGUCUAUAGAUAAGAAUAAUCAUUUUUUAUUAAAAUUAAUAUAUUUGUAUUUUUUUUUUCAGGCAAAAUAUUAUGAGCACAAAAAAAUUACACAUGUUCUAAUAGGAUGUACAUUGUUUGUUAUUACUUUGUCCAUUUGGUUGUACGAGGAAAUAUCAACAUUUAGAUUGUUAGCAAAAGUUUAUCGCUCAAAGCACAAUUAAACUACUUCCCAACAAAGUUAUAUUAUUUUUAAAACAUUGUUAUUGUUAUACUAAUUUUACUUAUUAUUGUUUUAUAAAUUUGAAUUUAUAAUGAUUAAUCAAAAAUGUAUCUAAUGUUAUAUCAAUACUAAAUCACAAUUUUACAUAUCUAAUUACUUAGCCCUAGAGCACACGCUUCACAGUCUUAAAGACCGGGUUUUUGGAAAUUUGUUCAUUGGUUCAAAAAUACAGAAUAUUAACUUAACCCAACCUAGGUACCUUCUAAUUAGGUGAUAAACUAAAAAUAGAUACAACUCCCAGCUGUAUACGUAUAGAAGAGUUCAUUGCCAUUAAGAAGUUCAUUACCUAUUAAAAUACGGUCUAAAAGAUCGUGUGCGUGCUAAUAUUGUGACAUUUAUAAACAAUUUAAUUUUAUGAAAACUAAAUUUUAGGUUAUAGAAAAAUAAUAUAUUUUGUCAUUG